AUGACCGGUACCGCCAUAAUCACCCAAGAAUUACAAUAUGUAAGUGACCUCCUUCUAGUCCUACCAAAUAAAGAAAAUGGUACGGAAUAUUUCGAAAUAAUAACACAUCAAUACGGACACCAAAAUAAGAAGAAAAUCAAUAAAACUCUACUUUUGGAUGUUUGGUAUUCUCAUAAUUACAGUUUUUUACAUGGAAAGGACCUGUUCCCAAACAAAUUGUCUAACCAAAAUGGACGCCAAUUGAAAAUUGGUACUUUUACAUACGAGCCAUACUCAAUCAUAGGUAAGAAAUCUAAAAGGAAGUUCGAAAGGGUUUACUUGUUAAAUUUAGGUAAGAAUGAUUAUGCUUUCCAUGGAACUGAAACCAGCUUAGUUUAUGAAUUUGUCCAAAAGUAUAACUUGACACCUUCUUUCACCGUUAUUGGUGAUGAAUUGUGGGGCGAUAUUUAUGACAAUUGGACUGGAAUUGGGCUUUUGGGGAGUGUUCUAGAUGAUUCAGUAGAUAUUGGAUAUGCUGCUGUGUACACUUGGGAAGAUUACUAUAAGUUUAUGGAUUAUACAAAACCUUUGACAAGGACAGGAAUAACUUGUAUAGUCCCAGCACCUCACAAGCUCUUUGUUUCUGAUUCCAUCAUGACUAUAAUCAAGCUUUACUUAGUCCAGUCGCUCACUAUUCCAUUGAAAGGAAAAUUGUUAAAGUACUUUAUUGCCAUGAAUAUGAUAAUGGUUUUACUUAUUUCUAGUUCAUACAGUAGUGGCUUAUCUAGCGUGAUGACAGUACCUCGAUAUGAGAGAGCGAUUAGAUCUAUUAAAGAUUUGGCCUCUAGUGGACUACUUUGGGGUGCCACCUCAGAUGCUUGGCUUAUUUCUUUGCGACAAGUGGAAGAGGAAGACUAUAAAAUUAUCAAAAAUAGAUUUGUGGUUAAAAAAGAAGAAGACUUAGCUGCAUCUUCUAGAUUACAUAACUUUGGGUUCUCUCUUGAACGCUUACCCUAUGGUCAUUACGCUGUCGGGCCUUACAUUAAGCGUGAUAUCAUUGCUGAUUACAGGAUUAUGCAAGAAGAUAUUUACUGGGAACAGUGCAUUUUUCUGAUCAGAAAAAAUUCAGUGCUGUUGCCUUUGCUUGACAAUCUAAUUUUAAGGGUUUUUGAAGCAGGUUUAGCAGCUUACUGGGAGAACGAAGUUGUUUUUCAAUUUAUGGAUAUGUCUGUACAAAGAGGAAUAAAGUUCUAUACUCACCACACGAAUGAGCACAAUAUUGUCAAACUUAAGUGGGUACACGUAGAGGGUGCUUUCGCUAUUUUAGUUCUAGGCUACAUAAAAUAA